CUGAUUUUAAAAUUUAAACUGUAAACAACGAUAAAAUGAAGAAUCAUUUUGUUGUUUUUUGUAUUGUUGCAUUAUGCUAUUUUACAAUUGUCUUAUCAAAUGAUGAUAAAAAACAAAUUUGCAUUGGUAAAUGUCCACCAUCAAAUCCAAGCAAUGAUGUUUAUUUUUUACCACAUAUGAAUUGUAGUAAAUUUUGUUCAUGCAAUUUUGGAAAUGCAAUUGAAUUAGAUUGUCCAGCUGGAUUACAAUAUUAUCCACAAUUACGAGUUUGUACUUAUCCAUAUGAGGCUAAAUGCAAUGAUAGUUUUGUUCAACCAGGAACAACACCAAGACCAAAACCAGUGCCUACUAAACCAACACCAACACCAACCCCAACAACACUUGAUCCAGAUGAAUUUAAAAAAAUAGUUAAAAAACCACAAACAUAUUUUAAAUUAAUUUAA